AUGGAGGAUGAUAUUGUUGGACACCUAAAUAGUUAUAAAAAGGAAUUGACAUUUUUAAUCAAUGAUCCAGACAAGAAGAUAGCGGCAAUAACUAAGUUUCAAGAGUUUAAAAAGUAUUUUGCCCUGAAUAAAGAUGAAUUGACAACUUAUCAUUUGGAAUUAUAUCGAAAAUUCAUAGAUAAUAUGACCAAAAUCUUAAACAAAGAUCCAAGAACUGAAAAUGUUUUGAAUACCUCUUGUUCUUUAAAAUUUCCAGGUUUUAAAGGGACCAAAAUUGUCACUGGUAAUAAACAACUAGUAAAAUCAAUUUCAACUUUAAAUGCAACUACAAAUCCUGCGGUACAUGGUGUAAUGAAAGACAAGAAAAUACAAUUAAGUGAUAAAUUAUUGGAGAAUUUGAACGGUUGUACAGUAUAUGUCGAUUCUUCCAAUCCGCCUACUAAACCUAUUAUUAUCAAAAAUGCAAAAAAUUGUAUUCUAAACUUGGAUAAACUUGGAUCAUUGCAAAGUAGCAUUUAUCUGGAAAAUAUUAUUGACUCUAGAAUUAAAAUAAAUCUAGAAUCUAAUCAAUAUAUACAGAUUCGUUUCCAUAAACUUUCGCGUUGUGGAAUACAAAUUUCUAGACGGACUUUACAACCAGACUUAAACAAGAUCAAUGUUAUCUUAGAAGAUUGUUGUAAUUUGCUUUUUGAUUUUGCUAAUAAACAGUGUCUAGAGAUUCAAGAUUUUAAUGACAUUUUAAACGAGGGUAAAAAUUAUGAUUUUGUAAAUAACCCGUAUGCACAUUUUCGCACUCACGGAUAA